AUGUCUGUGCCAAUUCAUACCACUAAGAGGGUUUCACUCCCUUGCGGUGAUAUCAUUGUCACCGCAGGGAGGGAAAAAUACCGUGCCAUGGUGCCACCGAGUGCUUCGUCUCUCCGAAUUCUCGGCAGUCUGGCGGACUAUUACGACGUGGCUGAAUAUAGAACGAACGGACGGUCGGCCCUUCUUAAUGAACGUCCCUUUUUCACGUUUGGUGAAACGAUCCAGAAAGGUCCCCACGGUGAACUAGUGGCGGCAAUCCCCAACACGAGCGCUCCCGUCAUCGACAAGCGUGGAAAUCCGCUUGAUCUGGCGCAUUUUCCAGAAGGACUGCCAGUUCCGCUAGUUGAGUUAACCGAGACAGAAAGGAUUUUUGAAGCCGACACGGACUGCAAAAUUAUAAUCACUCCAGAGGGAGGUAUAUGCGAAGCAGCUCCUCCUGGCCACGGGUGGGUAUGGUAUAAGAAACACAUGGAAGACCUGCUGGAAGACGGAACCAGAAUCAGAGUCUUUUGUGGAACCGGGAUUGCUCCUGUGAAGGUCAAUGAGACGACAGGCCAGGUCGUCAGCCGCCGCGUUGUUCAUGGGCAGCUAAUUUUCAAUGAACAAGAGCCCGCAUUUGGAACGUUCUGCGCAGUCCGAUAUGCCACUUGGUAUUACCUUUGGGGUCAGCGAGGAGAGCAUAUAUACCUGGCCCGUGUUGGAAUUUGGUACGCGAUCCAACGUGAAUUAUACGAAUUCUGGAAUGGACGCACAUUCACCCACGACAUGGACGCAAUGGAGCCUGUGCUCACCGGCUAUUCAUCUGGCUCCUUUUUCAGAACGAACCUUUUCGGACAUCGUUAUAAUUGGGGUUUCCUCGGGACCGACAUGUCCGAAAAUCCUUGCAUCAUCAUUGGAUACGCAAACCGUGCUGCAGGGCCAUAUCAGAUGACAAGAGUUGUUGAUUUUAGGGCUCUCUCUCCAGCGUACCACGGAAGCAACUGUGUAUAUGCACACCCGUGGGCAUUCAAAGAGAGUGACGGUCAGUUGAUGAUAACGUGGUACGAGGAUAAGCUAUCAACUAUUAUCGCGGCGAAAUUGCAGUUGAAUAUGCGAGGGUUCUGGAAGGAUAUAUCUCUAAAGGAGUUGCCGGCCGUGAUGUUGAGCGAAGUCCAGACUCGAAUCGCGUUAGUCGAAGCAAUGGGCAAGUUGGCGCAAGUGCACCAGGAAGUGGAGAUUGACAACGAUGGCGCAGUUACCAUCAAAUUCGUGGGCACGACUCGGGACGCGGUCGACAGAGCGGCCAAGAACUUACGCGACUUAAUUAUCAACGUGUAUGGCGAGCUUCUAAAGGAAGAGGGAUUCAAAGAGCUCGGGUUGCGAAAGCCUUCUUGGAGAGCUGCCGUGCGCAAACGGAUCAAGGCAUGGUGGAGGAAAAUCCGGCGACAAGAUGAUUCCGAUGACGAAGACUUCUGA